AUGAAUGAUAAAGAUAAGUAUAACACGAAAAAUCUCUAUUCACGCCAAAAAGUAUUGCAAAUUGACGAAUUGUCAUCUUUAACUUUCAAUUCACCUCAAGAAAAAAUACGAUUCGACAAACCGUCAUCUUUAACUUUCAGCUCACCUCAAGAAACGAUACAAAUUGGCGAAUUGUCAUCUUUAACCACUAGUUCAUCUCAAGGCUCACAAAUCGACGAAUCCUCAUGCUUAACUUUCAGUCUACCUCAAGAUAAGAUACAAAUCAUGCCUUCUUUAACUUUCAGCUCACCUCAAGAAGCGAUACAAAUUAGCGAAUCAUCACCUUUAACCUCUAGUCCAUCUCAAGGAGCACAAAUCGACGAAUCAUCGUGUAUAACUUUUAGUUCACCUCAAGAAGCGAUACACUUCGAUAUGUAUGAAACUUCUUUAAACAAAUUAAUUUCUUUCGAAUUAAAUGAAACUAAUACAAAUAAUGAUGAUAAUGCUCCAUUAACAUCAUUUAUAUCUUCACCCUUGUCACAAUCACAAUCACCCGCACAAUUAUUUAUGUCAAAAUAUAAUUCAUGUCUUUUUUGA